AUGCCCCCCCGACCCAGCACCAAAAAGUCCAAUUCAAACCCCUUCAAGAAACGAGCCCCAGAAAGCAAGCCCCAACGCCAACAACAACUGCAGAAAGAAGAACAACAAACCCCCCUCGACAACCCCGCCAACACAAUCCCCCUCACCCUCCAACAACUCCUCCUAAACGUCUUCCAGUCCGCCCUCGUCCCUAACACCCCUGCCUCACAACAUGACCAACAAAACCAGAGUGAUGCGAACGAUAAUGAAGGAGAACUGGACCUGAAACCACUCAUUCAGACGAUAAAAUCGCACCUCUACAAUCGCGACUUCGACUCGGCGUUCACAGAUGCGAAUGAGGAGUUACUGCGCGCGUAUGCGCUGCGAUGGAGUGCUAGUCGGACACUUGGGUAUGCGGGUGUUUUCAAGGCUGUUCUAGGUCUUCUCUCCGAGGAUAAGGAAGGGAGGGGCGCUGGUGGACAGAUUGUGUGUAUCGGGGGUGGUGCUGGGGCGGAGAUUGUGGCGUUGGCGGGGGUUUGGAGGGAUAUUGUCGCUGCGGCUACGGAUACGGAUGGGGAAAAGGGAGAGGUGGGGAUGGAGUUGAAGGUAACGGCGGUCGAUAUCGCGGAUUGGUCUGGUGUUGUUGGGAGGUUGGAUGGUGCGCUUCGGUCGUCGAAGGUGUCUGGGUCGAAGAGGCAUCCUGCUCCGUUGUUACCUGAUGGUGACGGGGAUAAGUUCGGCGUUGCGUUUCAGAAAGCGGAUGUGCUUUCUCUUCCUGAAGGAGAGUUGAAAUUGCUCUACGGCCAGGGAACGGUCAUGGUAACGCUUAUGUUCACACUGAAUGAACUCUUUUCGACGUCCAUGGCGAAAGCGACUGCCUUUUUACUACGUACGACUGAUGUCGUCGAUCCGGGGACUUUGCUUCUUGUCGUUGAUAGCCCCGGGAGUUAUUCCAGUUUGUCAUUGGGCAAAUCAGAGGAAAAGGUGGAACGGAAAUACCCGAUGAAGUUCCUGCUGGAUCAUACACUGCUAUCCGUUGCGGAGGGCAAAUGGGAAAAGGUGCUGUCGCAGGACUCAAGAUGGUGGCGGAGAGAUGCAGCACGGUUACAGUAUGAUGUUGGCGAAGGGGCUGGGUUGGAGGAUAUGAGAUUCCAGGUUCAUCUUUAUAGACGGUUGUAG